AUGUGUAUUGGUUAACGCGUUGGAAUUUUAAAAGUAUAUUGUGUCUUUAUUCAAAAAUUUCAUGUUAUUAAUGAAGAUUUAAUUAUUUUAUUUAAAUUUAAUGAAUAUUUAGUAAGUUAGUUAAUUAGAUUUUUGUUUGAAUUGGUUUUUUAAAUCGUUUUAUUCAGCAGAAAACAGAUGAGGGAAGUGAUUUGAUCUGGAUUUUGAAAGAAUUGUUAACUAAAUUACUGUGAAAAAACUUAAAACAAGGAUUUUUCUUCGUAAAUGAGUAAAAAUACUAGUCGAAUAAUGUUCGAUUUGAAGCGUAAAAUACUAAUUCUAAUAUUCUGUGGCUCGAUAAUCAUAUUUAUCUAUCAAAUCGCCCUAAAAUACCAACUGAACCUAAGAUCCAACUCAUGGUACACUGGCUACUACUACCAAAACUCACAGGAUAAUGACCACCAACAUUACUAUGGCCAUCGUCAUGACCAUGGUGUUAGUGGUGGAAAAGGUGGAGUAGUCAAGUUUGAAGAUGGCUCCCAUCAUUCUCAUGAUGACACAUCAGUUGCCGACAAAUUAAAAGAAAAAAUUAAAGUUCUGUGCUGGGUUAUGACCUCGCCCGACAACCACGCCACCAAGGCAGUCCACAUUUUGGCAACUUGGGGGAAAAGAUGUAACAAGAUCCUUUUCUCUACAGAAUCCAACAAAGAUCCCAAUGGCCUUCCAUUAUUAGUGAUCAACACGACUUCCGGUCGAGAUCACCUAACGGCGAAGACCAUGCAGACGUUCGACUACCUCUACCGGCACCAUCUCAAUGAGUUUGAUUGGUUCCUUAAAGCCGACGAUGAUACCUAUGUUGUUGUCGAGAAUUUAAGGUACUUCCUGUCCUCGCAAGACCCCACAGAAGCCAUAUACUUCGGCCACCACUUCCACAUGUACAUGAAGCAGGGCUACUUCAGCGGCGGGGCCGGAUACACCUUGAGUAGGGCGGCCCUCAAACGUUUCGGGGAGAGGUCCAGUUACGUCUGUAAGGACGACAGAGGUGCAGAAGAUGUGGAAAUAGGGUUGUGCAUGCAGUCGGUCGGUGUGGCCACUGGCGACUCGAGGGACGCUCUGGGGAGGUCCCGAUUCCAUUGCUUCAACCCUGAAACACACAUACAGGGAUCUUUCCCUGAUUGGUACUAUGCUUAUGACAAAUACGGGAGCAAAAAGGGCAUAGAAACGAUGAGUGACUACAGCAUCUCCUUCCACUACAUCCCAGUCGACCAGAUUUACGCAUUCGAGUUUUUCCUCUACCAUCUCCGACCCUACGGUAUUAUGAGUGGCCUACAGGAGCUAAACAUCGGGCCACAGAAGCCCUCGCUACAGAAGACCACCGUUUCCAAUUCGGUCCCCAAAAUGGACACAGUGACCUCGUCGAGUUACGGAACUUCGACUCUACCACCGGAUCUCAUCAACGCCAUGGGUGGUGGUGGGGAUCUUGAGGAAGAUGAAUAUGAUAAAGAUGAGGAUGGCGCUGAUGAGGCGACGACAACGACGACCAUGAAAAUGAAGUUGAUGAGAAGGCGGAAGAGGAAGACGACGAACUCGGCUGCUGACGGUGGUGGUGGUGGUUUCCAGAGUUGAUUUAAUAAUAAUUUUUGAAUGUUUUUUUUAUUCCAGUUUGUUUGUUUGCGUUUUGAUUUUAUUUGUUUCGACGAAAUAUAUUAUUAGUAUAUAUUAUUGUUGUUAUUAUUAUUAUUAUUAUUAUUAUUAUUAUAACAAUUAUUAUU